AUGCUUUCAAUUUAUAAACCAACAAUUACAAAACUCGCUCUUUCUGGUAUGGGUACCGUGGCGCUCCGCCCUGCCAGGUCCUUGAAGAUCAGAACGGAGCUUCUCGAUAAUGACGACCAACGCAAACACGACGACAAAAAGUUCAUCUCUCACCCUAUGUUCCCUCAUCCAGAGUGGACAAAAGAAGAGGUCGAGAGUGUGAAACCUGUCCAUCGUGCACCUCAAAAUACAAUGGAUCGUGUUGCUCACAGCGCUAUCAAUCUGGUGCGCUCGAUCUUCGAUUUUGCAACCGGCUACAAACACCCCAAGACUCCGGAAGAAAUUACUAAUCGCUUUGAGGGUACGAGGUGGGAGAUGAAUGAAAACAAGUGGCUCACAAGAAUUAUAUUCUUAGAAUCGGUUGCAGGCGUCCCUGGCAUGACAGCAGCCUUUAUUCGUCACCUCCACUCAUUGCGUUUACUUAAGAGAGACAAGGCUUGGAUUGAAACAUUGCUUGACGAAGCUUACAACGAAAGAAUGCACCUUCUCACAUUUAUUAAGAUUGGUAAACCUUCGUGGUUCACUCGUUUCUUUAUCUACAUGGGCCAAGGUGUCUUCUGCAACAUGUUCUUCUUCAUGUACUUGCUUUAUCCUCGCUACUGCCAUCGUUUCGUGGGCUAUUUAGAGGAAGAGGCUGUCAGUACCUACACCCAUCUCAUCAAUGACUUGAAGGCUGGAAAGUUGCCUAAACUUGAUGGUGUUAAAGUUCCCGAGGUGGCUCAACAGUACUGGACAGAGCUCAACAACGAGUCAACCUUCUUGGACUUGGUGGAGAGAGUCAGAGCUGACGAGUCUAAGCAUAGAGAGGUGAAUCACACCCUCGCCAGCAUUGAUCAGAAGACUGACAGGAACCCUUACGUUGUGAAGAUCGAAGGUGUCGACCAACCACAGCCAGAGAAAGGGUUGAACUCCAAACACCCAGAAGGCUGGGACAAGAAGGAUUUGAUCCUUUAA